UAUACUCGAUUUAUCUUUUUAUUCUUGGCUCAUAAUUCAAUGACUUGUUUUUUACUUUUUUUUUAAACACACUGUUUUGGGUUAUUUCCAUCUCCAAAAAUUUCACCUUCUCCAUCCUUCAAAAUCCACUCGAACCACAAAUCCAACUGUUUCUCCCACGAAAUCUCUUUCUUGCAGUUUUUAUCUCAAGUAGUAAUUCCAUCCUUUGCAUUUUUUACGGCAAACGCCCUACCAUGAGACACCUCUGCCGAUCAAAUUCCAAUCUACUUCUCGGAAAAUGUGGGGGAAUUUUCUUUAUCUGAUUUUUUGGGGUUAGAAAUAAGGUGGAAUGAUGUAGAGUUUAAGGGAUUUGAAUCUAGUUUGAGAAAGAGUAAUCCUUCGAAUUUGGUUGGAUUUUAUCUUGAGGAUGGUUUUCUAGUUGAAAGAAAAAAUGGUUCUGCUUCAAUCCCCUCCUAAGGGAACCGGUGGGCUAGAAGUAGGUACAGUUGCAGCCGGAGGUUGGGUUUAUGGAGGAAUAGUAGUCGGAGAAGUUGCAGGCGGCGAUGAUGUGAUCAGGGAACUAGCAGGAGUUGAGGAUGGAGGCGAUGAUGAAAGAGAUUUCGAAGGUGAUGUCGACGUAGGAGCUGAAGAAGUCAUGGGAGGUUUCAUCGGAGAAACGACCGGAGUUGUGGUUGGAGUGGAUUUUGGAGAUGGAAAUAACCCAAAAAAGGAUGUAGUUUUGGGUUACUUUUUUUAAUUAUAAUAUGACAUGAAAAUUAUGUUGGAUAAAAACAAACGAUAAAAAAAUAAGUGAUUGAGUUAACAGCCACGUCUGUUAGCAAUUUAACGGACUUAAAAAAAUAAGAGAGUAAGUGGGGUGAGCAUUGUAAUCUUUUAAAGUCAGAUGACUUAGUCGGAUGGCCAUUAAUAAGUUUAUACAUUGAUUGAUAAAUCACUAAAAUAAAUAAA